AGGUACCAUAUGCCACCAUGUCGACCUUGACACAUCCAGAAUGGAACCAGGAGACGGGUGGCCUCGAAGUCGCGAAGGCGUUCGCUGACCAGAUUCGAGGGAAGAGUGGUAAGAAGCCUGGUACCGUCACACUCACGAGACGCGGAGUUGAUAGAACAAUAGUACUCAUCACCGGUGUAUCACCCGAAAGCAUUGGUUCUUCCAUAGCCCUCUCCAUCGCUUCCCAGAACCCAAAGCUCGUGAUCCUCGCCUCGCGCACCAAGUCCAAACUAGAACAAGUACUUAAGAACGUCCAGAAUACCUAUCCAGACGUCGCAGUCAAAAUUGUUCUCCUCGAUUUGAUGUCCCAAGAAUCUGUCAGAGCCGCCGCGAAGGAGGUCUCGCAGUUGACAGGCCGCCUGGAUCUGAUUAUCAACAACGCAGGUAUCAUGACACCAACGCGCCAAACGACCAAAGAGGGCAUCGAGGGACAAUUUGGCGCAAACCACAUUGGCCACUUCUUGCUCACCAAUCUGCUCAUGUCUCAACUUUUGGCUUCGGUAUCGUCUUCAAAGGAGGGUGCAACACGCGUCAUCAACCUCACUUCCCUGGGCCACCGACUCAGCCCAAUGCGCUUUUCCGAUUACAAUCUGGAGAAGAGCAAUGAGGAGGUGCCUGAGGCAGAAAGACAUGUGCCAUUACCUCCGGCGUUUUCAAAGACGGCAAGCGAUGGGUACAACGGGUAUGUCGCGUACGGACAGGCGAAGACGGCGAAUAUCUUGUUCUCCGUGGGUAUGAAUGAGAAGUUUGGAAAUCAGGGUGUGAAGAGCUAUGCUGUUCAUCCUGGAUGUAAGUACUCCGCUGCGACAAGACUGUUUGGUCGUUCACGAGGGAGCUUGCUGACGGUAUAGCCAUCUGGACUGGUCUCAGUCGCGACUUGGAUGCAGAUGGUGAAGCUGCGAUUAGAAAGACGAGUCCGUUUUGGAAGAACCACGAUCAAGGGGCUGCGACGGUACUGGUCGCGGCGCUAGACCUGCAUGACUGUCAAAUGUGCGAUGCUAUGCCAUACGCGACCGACGCAAAACUAUCCGAGCAGCUGUGGACAUUGAGCGAGAAGUUGGUUCAUAGUAGCUUCAAAUUGUAACA